UACCGCAACGAGAUGGAGACAGAGUGUUGUAGUGGACGGACGCGCGAGCUAGGUCGGCUGCGCACGGGGCAACAUGGCGGUGGUAUACUUCGACUGGCUCGACUAUGUCGUGUUCGGGGCGAUGCUGCUCCUCUCAGCCCUCAUCGGCGUAUACUUUGCCUUCUUCGCCUCAAAGAAGCAGAAUACCACUGCUGAGUACCUGAUGGGCGGAAAAACUAUGGGCAUGUUUCCCAUAUCGAUGUCACUCAUAGCCAGUUACAUUUCGGGUAUCUCGUUGUUGGGGUUGCCCGCUGAAAUGUAUACCUACGGUACUCAACUGUGGACCAUUGUACUUUCUGAGUGGGCAGUAUCAUUGACGAUAGCGAUUGUUUACCUUCCCGUUUUCUACAAUUUACAAAUUACAUCGACGUAUGAGUAUCUGCGGCUACGUUUCAGUCAAAAUGUGCGCCUUCUAGGAUCAGUAAUAUUCAUAAUCAAAAUGUUAUUAUAUAUACCUAUCGUUAUAUAUGUUCCAGCAUUAGCUUUUAGUCAAGUAACCGGGAUCAACCUUCAUUUAAUUACACCCAUAGUGUGUAUUGUUUGCAUAUUCUAUACUACCCUUGGUGGACUAAAGGCCGUCGUCUGGACCGACACGCUGCAAACUAUACUCAUGUAUUUUGGCGUGAUAUUUGUCUUAUUUUAUGGUACCUGGAGACUAGGGGGCGUAAAAGAAGUUCUUCGAAUCAAUAACGAAGGAGACCGCUUGGAUUUUUUCAACAUGGAUCCUGAUCCAACUAUAAGACAUACGUUUUGGUCGACUGUUUUCGGCAAUUAUUUUAGUUGGCUAGCGUCUUGUUCGGUUAACCAAGCGAUGGUACAACGAUGUCUAGCAUUGUCAUCUCUGAAGAGGGCCAGGAUCACAAUUUUUAUAAUGGCUGCCGGUAUCUUCAUCAUCGUAUCACUAUGUUGCUACACUGGGCUGGUGAUAUACGCAACGUUCGCCAACUGUGAUCCUCUUUCGACCGGGGCUAUUAGAAAAAGCGACCAGCUGCUACCUUACUUCGUGAUGACGAUCACUGGGUCUAUACCAGCUUUGCCGGGAAUCUUCAUGAGUGGUGUUUUCAGUGCUGCCUUGAGUUCUAUGUCAACUGGAUUGAAUUCCUUAUGUGGAGUAAUUUUUGAAGAUCUCAUAAGACCUGCUUACAAUAAGCCUAUAUCGGAGCGUACUGCGAGUUUCAUUAUGAAGGUCAUUGUGGUUGUCAUUGGUGCCAUUUGCGUAGCCCUGGUUUUUCUUGUGGAGCACAUGGGAGCUCUGAUACAAGCCGGCAAGAGCCUCGCCGGUAUUACUGCGGGCAGCCUCUUGGGUCUAUUCUCUUUGGGGUUGUUUCUGCCUUGGACCAAUGCCACGGGUGCUCUUGCUGGAGGUCUCACAUCGACUCUCCUGGUAGGAUGGAUAUCGAUAGGCACCCAAGCCGCCAUGAUUCGUGGAGAUAUAGUAAUUAUGCCGAAACCAGUGUCAAUAAGUGGUUGUUCAGAUAAUUAUACAAUAACAAGUACGCCCGCGCCUUCUUCGCAAUACACAGUGGAAUUUGACAGAUCAGGAACAUUCUUCCUGUACAGGUUGAGUUAUUUAUAUUACACAUUUGUCGGGAUGAUGGUAUGUGUGUUUGUGGGAGUCGUCGUCUCAUACUUUACUCAGCCUAAUGAUCCGGCUUUGGUGCACCGGGACCUGCUCACACCGGUUAUCCACCGCUGGCUGCCGGCACAGCACGCCCAUUGUCCUCGUCCGCGGCUCACCCAGCACGACAUCGAGCUCUCACACGCGCGCGAACUGGAUCAUCUGCGUUCGCGCACGGCUUACACUAAAGUGGAUGACAGUCGUGGCAGCAGUCGACGUACUCGAAAACCCAAGAAUAAUUCGUGUUAAACUGUAAUAAAAUCAUUGACUAGUGGUUCUACUUA